GUGAACCUAACAUGGAUGUUGCUGAACUCUGCACAAAAUAAUACAGAGAAACAGUCCGACAGUGUGGUUCUUCAUAAUCUUCAGCAGCAUCGAAUUAUGUUUCAAUCAACAGCUAGCUGUUUGGUUUUCGUAACUUUGGUAGCUGGCGUUUUAAGCGAUGCAUCAACAUCUACGAAGGAUCUAAAAUACGAACUCAACAAUGGCAAUUUCAUGCCCGCCAUUGGACUUGGAACAUCUCGAAUUACCGGAGCCGAUAGAGUCAAGGACGUUCUGGACAAAGCUCUCGCAGCGGGAUACAGGCAAUUCGACACCGCAGCAGCUUACAACAACGAGGAGGAUAUCGGGAACGCCCUGGAAGAACUGCUGCCCAAAUACAAUCUCACCAGGAACGACAUAUUUAUAACGACCAAAUUUUCUCCGUGGAAGCAAGGGGAAAACGUGACCGAUGCCUUACACGACUCUCUUAGAAAAUUAAAAACUCCCUACAUCGACCUCUAUCUCAUCCACUGGCCGGGGGCAGGCGCGGGGGUAAACAAAGCGACCGCGAACUUUACAGCUUUGAGGGCCGAGAGGUGGCAGAAAAUGGUGAAGGCGUUGAAAGACGGUCUUGUGAAAAACAUCGGCGUUUCAAACUACGCCGUGAAACAUUUGAGGGAACUGCUGGCCAACGAUUUCGGCACCAAACCCGCCGUCAAUCAGGGUCUUUGGAAUCCUCUUUACCACCCUGCCGAACUUCUGGAACUCUGCAGGAAAGAGGGAAUUUUGCUGGAGGCGUAUUCGUCCCUCGGAGGAACUCACGACGAUAACUUGUUGCAAAACGAAGAUGUUAAAAAAGUUGCGGAAAAGCUGGGAAAAACACCUGCGCAGGUUCUCUUGAGAUGGGCUGUGCAGCAGAAUAUAGCGAUCAUUCCAAAAGCCACUUCCAAGCAACACCUCGAAGAUAACCUCAAUCUCGACUUCACCCUCCCCGACGAAGACGUGUCGGUUUUAAAUGGUUUCCCGCAAAAGAGAAACCCUUUUUCGGAAGAUACGCCAUGAAUAUGUUACUAACGAACGCGAAUUAAAAUCGAGACCCAACAAGUUCGUUUUAUUUGAUACGAAAUUAAUUUAGAAUUUAUUAAGUAGACCUUUUCUAUGGCAAAAAUAUAUUUCCGUAUGUAAUUUAAACCGGAAAUAAUUUGCCGUAUAAUCCUUGUAAGUUGACCAAACAGAAGGCAUAACCUAACCUUACUUUUCGAAAGCGAAGGGUGACAAUUCAAAUCGGAAACCAAAAGCGACUUUUAUAGCACUGCCCUCUCAAUUUUCAAGGCUAGGUGAAAGGACAUACAUUAAUAAUAAUCUAAAAAAAAAACUGCUCAUUUACAAUAGAUGCAACUGAUGAAUUACGGAAAUUUAUAUACGUAUUUACAUAUUAUUUUUCUUUAAUUUUAGGGAUGGACAAGUCUAUUUGUGCUUUAAUAAAAGUUCAAAAGGAAUAUUCAUACAAUUCGUUGCUUUAAAUGUUAGUCUCGCUUUUUGGCAAUUUUCUUAUGAAUAUUAAAGGGACAUGGUGUGGAAAAAAUCAAUGAUUAACAAAUAUAUAUUUUAUUAUCA